ACGUUACGGUCGAUGGCUAAAAAGGACAUGGAUUUAUACACUAGAAGAUGGGUUGUUCUUGCCUCAGUAGGUUUCCUCAACAACACAAAUGCUUUCCUAUGGAUUGCUUUCGCAGCUGUCGCCAACCAUGUCAACGUGUUUUAUGGCAAUAGUCAAGCGGCAAACUGGUUCUCGUUAAUCUUUAUUCUCUGUACAAUACCAGUGGGGAUUAUCGCGAUGUGGGCAGCGAGUAAGUUUGGACUGCGUGCAUCACUACUGAUUGCGGCUUGGGCAAACGGCAUUGGAACAGUAAUUCGGUUUAUUAGCUCUUUUGUGCCACAAGUGCUGCGAUUUCCUGUCGGUAUAUUGGGGCAAGGGAUUUCUGCAUGCGCUUACCCGUUUAUCAUGUUCUUGCCAACGAAGGUUGCUGGUACUUGGUUUGCAGAUAAUGAGCGCACAUUAGCCACUACUAUAGGUGUUAUGGCGAAUCCUUUGGGAGUAUUAAUGGCAAAUCUUCUUUCUCCUCAGAUUGUGAAUAGCUACAACGAUGUUCCUAAAAUGAAUGCGAUUGUUAUGUUUCCAGCUAUAAUUACUUGCUUACUGGUCACUUUUGGAGUCAAUAGUUCAAAACCAAAAACACCGCCUACUCUCAGUGCCGCUGUUACUCAGACAGAUUUUCUUACGGGAAUAAAAGACUGCUAUUCUAACAAAGCAUAUGUAAUCUUGGCAAUAACGCUUGGAGGAGGGAUAGGCAUGUUUAACUGUCUUUAUACUGUAAUACAACAACUGCUUUGUCCAUCUGGCUAUACGAAUGCUUUUUCUGGACUUUGCGCUUCGUUAAUGAUUGUGGGAGGGUUAAUAGGGGCAACUGCAGCAGGUCUUUUUGUGGACAGAACGAAGCUUUAUGAAGAAACCUUGAAAGUCUCUUAUGCUUUUGCUGUGAUUUCUGGUUUGUUGUUUCUGCAGCUUGAAUACGCAACUUAUAUUGCCUCCUUUCUGUUUGGCGUCUUUGGUCUCGCGGCGUAUCCUGUGGGACUAGAACUUUCAGCUGAGUGCACAUUCCCAGUGCCGGAGAAUCUCUCUACUGGUUUUAUAGUUAUUGUCGGCCAAGUAAGCCCUUUCAUAAUAACUUUUCUUCCUGCUUUGUUGGCUUUACUAUUGAUACUUGUUUUUCGGCCAAAGCUGAAGAGGUUGCAAACUGAAAGGAAACCUGUUCAAGAAGAACAAGUUUUAUCAGCUGAAAAUUGUGGUCCAGAGGGGGAUGUGGGUAAGGAUGUAGAGCUAUCAAGUGGUGGCCUGUAA